GAGGGGGUUAACGCGUGUCUCUUAAUUGCUCCUUUCUUCCCCCCUGCAGUUUUCUGCACUUGGCCAUUAUUCACGAGGAAAAAUCCCUGAGCCUGGAGAUGAUCCAGCAGGCAGCCGGUGACCGGGCUUUCCUGAACUUCCAGAACAACCUCAGCCAGACUCCUCUUCACCUGGCAGUGAUAACUGAUCAGCCUGAAAUUGCUGAGCAUCUUCUGAAGGCUGGAUGUGACCUGGAAAUCAGGGACUUCCGAGGAAACACCCCCCUGCACAUUGCCUGUCAGCAGGGCUCCCUCAGGAGCGUCAGCGUGCUCACACAGUACUGCCAGCCGCACCACCUCCUCACUGUCCUGCAGGCAGCCAACUACAACGGACAUACAUGUCUUCAUUUAGCAUCUAUUCAAGGAUACCUGGCUAUUGUCGAGUACCUGCUGUCCUUGGGAGCAGAUGUAAAUGCACAGGAGCCAUGCAAUGGCAGAACAGCACUGCAUUUAGCAGUUGAUCUGCAGAAUUCAGACCUAGUCUCACUUUUGGUGAAACAUGGGGCAGACGUGAACAAAGUGACCUACCAGGGCUAUUCCCCCUAUCAACUCACCUGGGGAAGAGACAACUCAAGCAUACAGGAACAGCUGAAGCAGUUGACCACAGCUGACCUGCAGAUGUUGCCAGAAAGUGAGGAUGAAGAGAGCAGUGAAUCGGAGCCUGAGUUCACAGAGGAUGAACUUAUAUAUGAUGACUGCCUUAUUGGAGGACGACAGCUGUCAUUUUAAAGCACAGCUUUCCCUGAAAAGAUGUGACUGUAUACGUAUGUAUAGAAAAAGGACUGACUUUCUUCAUCUAAAAAGAAAGUCACAACGUGGAGAGAAAAAAGAGGAGGGAAAUACUGAACUGCCCAGCAAGGAGAAGGAGCACAUAAUUGUAACAGGACAGUUCCAGGAUCUCCCUUGUGUUUAAAUACAGGAGUGGGAUGUGUAACAUCAGUACAGAUCUGUGAUUAUUCACACCACCUGAUAAAGAGCCACAUAGCCAGUCUUCUCAGCCCUGCAAAGGUAACAGCACAUCCAACCUGCCUGUUACAGAGAGCUUUCUUGUGGCAUCAAGUACUACAGGGAGCAAGUGUCCUUUUGCGGCAAGGUGGACUGAUGCCAACAGCCCUUCUAAGAGACUCUACGUUCAUUUGUGCUGGGCUGGUGGCGGUUCCUGUCCUUUCUGACUGACCUCAGCUGCUCUCAGUGGGGUAGUAUCCCAUGUGGAGGAGUCAGACCAAGGGACUGGUGCCCUCUUGGCUCUUAGGCAAAAGUAGCAAUAAUGUUAACUGUGGGCAUUGGAAAAGUGUGUUUCACACUGUGUGUGUCAUAAUUGCUACACUUUUUAGCAACUGUAUAUUGUGUAAAUACUGUAUAUUUUUUGUUUAUAAUUAUUUUGGUACAUGUAAGAUAUGUAUUUAUUAAAAAAAGUCAGAUUACC